GCAAACAUGACUAGACUGCUGUCGCAUCGAUUAGACCGCUACAAACACUGCCGAAGCAUCAUACCCAGCAGCAUAAACCAAAGCCAUAUGAAGAUGUCGGGCAACGGAGUGACGUACGAGGAUGCGCACAGCAGUACCAGCGGGAGAAGCAAACGAACGUGUACGAAAAGGUUCCCGCUAACGCUAGCCCUGCUGGCACUCGUGUCGUGUUGGCCCGAGACAGCCGGGCUAGAUCCCAAGUUCGACCCAUCCACCCGGAUGCGGCUGGUACUGGUACCAGCCGAUGCCACCGUCGGCUCUGUCAUCUAUCGGUUGCGUGCUUCCGACGAGGAGUUUGAAUAUCCGCUACAGUUUGAGCUAGUCGGUGAUGCGUCAUCGUCGACGGUACAGAUUGAAACGCUACCCUGCACCAAGUUCAACUCCAUCUGCCAGGCGAAUGUGAUAUUGACGCGUCGGCUCGAACCGGGCCGCUACUAUGACUUCCAGGUGUCGGUAAAGGACACCAAAGGUGGGAUGUCUGUGCAGAGCUGUUCGAUAACAGCCACCAAUUUUACCACGCCGCAUGAUGUCAUAUUUCCGCACAAGGCGGGUAUCAUCAUGGUUCCCGAGGAUGCUAAAAAAGGAACAGAGCUAGAUUACGUGCUGGCGAAUAAAAACCCCCUAUUUCAGAAACCUGUCUAUCUGGAACUCUGGGGUUCACCUCUGUUCGGCAUUCGGCAAAAGUUUAUAUCGCCCGAAACGGCCGAAGGUACUAUCUUUCUGCUCGGUCAACUAGACUUUGAAAAGCAAGCGAUGUACCAUCUGACGGUGCUGGCGAAUGAUGCGUAUGCAGAACCUGGUCAGGAUACGCGGAACAUUGCCGGCCUGGAGGUGGUAGUGAUCGUAGAAGAUGUGCAGGAUGUACCACCUGUGUUCACAGUAGCACCCCCGGUAACACGUCUUCCGGCCGGGCUGAUACCCGGCGAUAAGGUUCUUCAGGUACACGCGGAGGAUGGCGAUAAGGGUGUGCCGCGUGAGAUACGAUAUGGGUUAGUGUCCGAGGGUAACCCGUUUACAUCGUUCUUUGACAUCAACGAAACGAGUGGUGAAAUAUCUUUGCUUCGACCACUGGACGACAUAUUGGCACUGACGCACGCCGGCGACCCGGUUCUGCUGACUGUGAUCGCGGAAGAGGUAAAGGUGAGCCGAGAUGAACCGCCUGCGAUGGCCACAACAGUACAGCUUGCGUUCUUCCUGCCCGAGCGCAGUAACUCACCGCCAUAUUUCGAGAAUGACCACUAUGUCGCACGAUUGGAGGAGAAUGCCGCCCCCGGUACGGUGCUGGCAUUUACCGAUCCGUACACACCGCGCGUCAUGGAUGACGAUGCCGGUAAAAACGGUGUGUUCUCGCUGACACUGCUCGGGAACAAUGGCACGUUUGAGAUUUCACCGAACGUUGCGGAAGGUCAUGCAAACUUCGUGGUGCGCGUACGGGACAACACUCGACUCGAUUACGAAGCUGCCACGUACGUGCACUUCCAGAUACUCGCACAGGAGCUCGGACCCGCCACGAACCUGUCGACACUGGUGAACGUCACCGUGUACCUGGCGGAUGUUAACGACAAUGCACCGGUGUUCGAGCAGAACGACUAUAUUGUCGAUUUGCCCGAGAACAUGACGGCCGGCACACGGGUUGUCCAGGUGCACGCAACGGACGUCGAUACGGCCGGGCUCGGUGGACGGGUGCGGUAUACGCAGAUUCUUGGUCCCCACAACACCUCGCUUAAUCUGGAUCCUGCGUCCGGCGUCGUGACGGUCGCCAUUAACAACCACGGGUUUGACCGUGAGGCAAUGCCAGAGUACCAUCUGUACGUGGAGGCACGCGAUGACGACGGUAUCGGUAACCGGGCGCAAGUACCGCUCGUUAUACGAUUAAUAGACGUUAAUGACGAAACGCCCACCUUCGAGAAGUCCCUGUACGAGUUCAUCCUAGCUGCGGACUUACGAAACUUUACCGUGCCCGCGUUCAUCCGUGCGACGGAUGGAGACGCUGAGGCACCUAACAACGAGGUGCGGUACGAGCUUAUCUACGGCAACUACGAGAACAAGUUCUUCCUGCAUCCGAUUACCGGUGAGCUGAAGCUGAAUGCACCGCUCGUGCCGCGCACCGGUACCCAGUCGACGGUCGGUGGGUUGCGCCGUCGUCGUCGGCAAACCGUCGGAGCCGUACCACCGAACCUUGCUUCCACCACUAGUCAGCAGCAGAAGGAGUCGGACGUGUUCGUGCUGACGGCGCGUGCGUUUGAUCUGGGCGUGCCGGUACGCUACUCCACCGCGACGAUCCGCGUCUAUCCACCUGAAAGUCGAACCCGCACGGUCACAUUCAUCGUACCGGGUAGCGAUCCGGAUCGGAAAAAGGUACAGGACACGCUUGCCGACAUUACCGGGGGACGUGUCAUCAUACAGGAGGUGCGUCCGUAUCGUACCGGUGAUGGAGGAAUACCCACAGACCUUAUCGGAGGUGGUGGUGGUGGUGGUGGCAGUGGACCAGGCACGGAACGUUCGGUUGUGAUCGCGACGAUACUCUACGAUGCCGAUUCGGUCGUUGAUAUCGCGAAGAUCCAGCAGCGCCUAUCCAUCAACGGCACGGUGACAAACAUCAUCAGCCAGGAGGAACGCAGCGCUAUUCUCUAUAAGGCCGAAAACCGUGUCCUGUUUUGGUUACUCAUCUUUCUCGCGAUACUACUAGCGCUCGGCAUUCUGACGCUUUUACUUUGCUGCAUCUGUCCAAGAUGUCCACUCAAUGCCACCAACCGAAAAAGAAUACUUCGCGUGAAUAAUAUCGAAGAUGAUGUACAUCUUGUUCAUAGAAAGCAAGGACUUGGAAAGCAAUCCAAAUCUGUGCAGGUCGCCGAAUGGAUGGGACGGAGAGAAGCCUGGUCAGCAGCGAAUCGAUCGACCGAUUCCCGUACCAAGCCGACGCAUUGGGAGUACCGAGGACGACGCGACAUUGGCAAAGGCACACUAGCGGCGGCAACCGGGGAGGACGGGGGGGACGAGCGGGAUGGCGGACCGGACCACCACGGGGAUGAUAGCGGCAACGAUGGCAAUGAGCGGAAGCGGGCAAACGAUGGCGGGAAGCUAGAGAAGCAUACGGUUAAAAUUAGAAGCGAUAUGAAGAAUAAAUCGACCAAGGACGACUCACACAUGCACCGGUCGCGCACGAAUCUGCUCAACGCCGAUCGGGAUAUGUACGUGGAGGAUGUGGAUGAGCACGAUCCGGAGUACCAGUCGCUGAAGCGCAUCCACCAUCAUCACCACCACCAUCACGGUGGGGCCGGUAAUGGUGGUAAACCGGUGGGCGACGAUGUUCUGCCAAUCGACGACGACUCGAUGCGCCGGCAUGAGAUGGAUCGUGGCAGCGAUCUCAAUUACGAACGGCGCGGCAGCUUUAAGCGGCAAGGACACGCGGCUGCACCACAGCUCGUUGCACAUGGUGACGACAUAGAACCACGCGAUCAGUACUUCAUCAAGGAUGGCAAUGCGGAAAUCUUGCGGUUAAUAACGCGCGGACGGAAUGAGGAGGAGAACAUUUACGUGAAUAUACCGCAGCAACAGCAACAACUGCGGCCCGGUGCCACCAAUCAGCCACAGUACAUUAUGGUGGAUAACGGUGGCAAGGAGAUACUGAUGCGGCGCUACAUCGAGGAGCAAGCGAACGGGAAGCAGAUUAUCCGGGAACAUUACCAACUCCUGCCCGGCACCACAUUCAUACAGACCAUCCCGAACGAGGUGCCGGCGCGGCGGGGUGAACAUGUGACGGAGGUAAAGAUCGGUGCCGCUCAGGCCGGUCGGAGUAAGAUGGGUGAGCAGGGUGAUAAUGAGGACGGUGGACGGCUGAAACCGGCCGUAUCGACGCAUUCGUUGAUGCACCAAGAGCUGGAACACUCGCUCAAGCAGCAAAACGCGCUACUCCGGCAGAUACUGCUCGAGAAGGAGAAGCUCGAGGAGCGGUACAACCAGUACGAGCAGGCACUCGAAACGCAGAGCUUACCGUGCCAGUCGAUGGCGGUAGUCGUAGCGGCUACCCAGACCGACUGCGAUACCAGCACGCAGACGGAUCCGGUGCGCGGUGGCCCCGGCAGUAUUGGUGGGCUCGGUAGGCGACGGACCAAGAGCGAAAACGAUGAUUCCCUGUCGGAGGAUGAGUACGAAUACGUGCGGUACAGCCCACCGGACAGCCCGGACGGUGUGUACCUAAUCAAACGUCGCCGACAUCGCAAGAAGACGAAGCACCGGGGUUUUAAGGGUAGCUUCAGCGGCGAGUACAGUGGUGGUGAGUCGACCGGUGAGCGAAAGUCCAACCGACGUAUCAUUGUGGUGGAAUCGGUAAAGCGUAAGAUCCGCACACCGAUCCAGGAAGAGGACGAUGAGCUGCUACACCAUGGGCAGUCGCAUGGCCGUGAUCACCAUGGGCAGGGUGGUCAUCGCCGCGGUGGACAAGAAACUCGUACCAGUAUUCUACGCCGCAAGCGCAACGAAGAGUUGUCGCGUGGUGGCAAUGGUAGUAACGGAGGGACCGGCAACGGAAAAGAACAACGGCUCAAGCGGGACGUGCUGAUGGAGAUUUCGGACUCACUGCACGGUGAACAGUCUCGUGGUGGUGGACGGCGCAAUAAUAAUGGUGGCGUUGGUGGUGGUGGAGAAAACCGCCGCAAGAAGGUGUACCGCAAGAAUGUGAAGUACUACGAAGAUUCGGACGGUUCGGAGAAGGAAGUCGUUGUGCAGAAGAACUACUUCUCGGCGGACAGCCUGGACGAGAUGGCGUCCGACGUGGAGGAUUAUCGGUACUCCGUGACGAAAACUUCGAAAUCGGUAACCGUCUCACCGAAGGCAACCGUCGAGCAGCGUGUUUCACGCCGUGACGAUAAAACGGAAACGACCACCACCCGCAUCCGCCUCACAACGUCCGAGUCACCGAGCCGACGGCAGCCUACCGGUUCGACCGGACCGGCGCCACCACCACCGAAAGGGCCCGCUCCGAAACCACCGCGGAUGAGUAAAUCGCUCUCGAAGGAGGAAGGGCUCAAUGAGCCACCGGCUGGUGGGGAACAGCACGCAGUCAAUCCGAAGUACAUGGACUGGUACUACAACCUUGGGAAGGAUUCCGAUUCGCUCGAAAAGCGCGAGGCGCGCAAGCGGCAGGAUGCGCAACCGGCUGGUACAACAACGCUCACCACUACCACAACCAGCUCCACCACGACCAUCACGACGGGUGGAAGCCGUAAGAAACCGGAGGCGGAAGCUGGUGGGAAGGGCAAACCGGAACCGGCCCCGCGUACCAGCCCACCGAAGGAGGCGCGACUGCUCAAGGAGGACAUCCAGCAUGCGCGCAAGGUCGCCCAGUCUCAGCAGCAGCAGCAGCAGCAGCAACAUCCCGGCUCGGAAGCCGGAAACAGUCAUCCACUGCUACAGCAUUCCGAGCACCGGUUUGAGGCUGAGUACGGUGCGGGUGCGGUACCGCAGGUACCCGCACCACCGGACAAGCUGCCGCACUACCUCUAUCCCGAAACGCCCCCCAUCGUGAGCCGCGACAACAAGGUGCAGAUCAAAAUCGUCGAUUCGUCCGCGGCACCGACCGGAGCACCGCCCCAAACUGCAGCGAAACCGGCCCCGGCUGGUAGCACCAAAGCGACCGGCACCGCGAACGCGAAAACGCUCAACGUGUCCACGCUGGAGGACGAUCACGAUUCGGGCAUCGCAAUGAACUCACUGCUGCACACGAAGGGCAAGCGGAAUAAGAUAGCGGACAAGAAGAGUAUCUUUACCAUCGCGUACGAUGACGUGCGGAUCCGGCAGAUCCGGUCGGAGAGUGAUACGCCACCGUUCUCCUAACGGCGGGCGGGCAGCCUCCGGCACCUAUCCAGACAACGCCAGCGUACACCGUCGUGUGACGGACGACUACCGAAACGGAGCAGUGACUAGUGAUCGGUGAUAACCGGGAUAGUUCUCCACCGGAGGCAGCAGCAAUAGUGGUAACAGUAGUAGUGUAGCGAUGUUAGCAGUAGUAGCAGUACAAAGCGCGGUGCCGUUUCCGGCCAUGAAAUACAUACAGACACACCUUAUCAACUGCCAUAUAGUGGUGUUCCGGCCCUCAGCAAUCGAUAGCAGCAGCAGUAACAGUAGCUAACCGUAGCGAUAGUUUUAGUAGUAAUGGCAUGGCGCGAGCUGGUCGGAAUGGAAGAGAAGGACAUCCGCGUGGUUACGCCCCGUGCGCAAUAUUCUGUUUCGUUCACUAACCGGUGGUUUGAUUGUUUGUUAGGUUAGCUGUUUUAGUCUCCGUCCCGGCCUGGUGUACCCGGUGACGCGCACCCGCAUGCGUACAAAGUGCAGCAUUCCCCCCAAGACGUACUUGAAACGGUUGAACUUCUGUUUACCGUCAUCCAGACGGCUAGUGUAUAGUCGAGAGAACCAUGCCGUGAUGGCUAAUAAUUUAAGCGUACGAAGCAAAUUUUCAUUCGUACCACUUCACAGACCGUCUUUCGCGCGUUCCUUAUUGUAAUCCUUACCUUGUAAAAAUAGGGAAUUUAAUUGUGUACAUUUGUUUGCUUUCAGUAGCAUAAGUUACGUCAAUGUACUGUUCCUUCGACAAAUUUAGCAUCGUUCGAAAGCUGCGCCUGAUUAAUAUUGUGGGUAGGCGGGAAAAUUGCCAUAGGAAGUAAUAGGCCGCAUUUUCCGAUGCCGUUUGCGCGCCUUCCCCCCGUCAAAACUGUAAAUAGGCAGAGCGCACUUUCUGUGUGUGUUGUGCGCAUGCGAGUGUGUGAUAUGCUUUGGUUGGUAGUUUAAAAAAACGGUAUCCAUUCGUGGUAGGCACUGUUAAUUAGCAAAGAAGAAGAAAAAAAACAACUGUGGAUUAACAUUACAGCGAGCAGCUAAAAAUGUAUAGACCAUAUAAUUCGUGGUUAGGGAAAAUAAUUAAGCACUUAUGAACAGUUACUAUUUUACAUUUUGCAGUAAGCAGCAGGAUGAGUGAGAAGGGCAGAUGCAGUUCGCACCCCCGGGGGUGAGGAGUUGGGAUGACAAUGUUUCCGAAUGUUCCAAACAUGAUUUCUUCCAUCGGGUCGAUUAAGCGGAGAAGAUAAUGAAGGAUGGUACUCUAAUUUAAGCAAACACCUUAGAUAACAAUAGCGACAAAAAGAAACACACACACACAAGGCGCCGUAGAUACGUUUAAACUAGGCUACUACUGCCUCAGUUGAUCAGCAAAUGAAAUGAAACCCUGGAGCUAAUGACGGGCGGAAUUAGUAAAGGUCUCUUGUGUGGGCUUGCGAGACACGGUAU